AUGGAGAUGGAGGUUGUGGAGUUAAGGAUACAUCUUCACUGCAGGGCCUGUGAGAAGGCGGUGAGGAAAGCUGUGUGCAGGAUCAAAGGGGUGAAAUGCGUGGAAAUAGAUGCAACGUUGAAGAAGAUGACAGUGUUGGGAUACAUGGAUCGGAAAGUUGCCACAAAAGCAAUUCGGAAAACAGGAAGGAGAGCUGAAGCGUGGCUGCACUCAAUUACUUCAGAAGACGACGACCCUCUUCCUCCUCCUCCUCCUCCACCUCCUACAUUUGGAGUCAUCAGACGGUGCAUCAAUCUUCCUACCUGGGGAAUGAGAAAGAGAUCCUCCGCUUUUUCUAAUAAUAAACACAAACACGUCCACGCCCAUAUGCCACGCCAAUCAACUCUCUAG